GAUGUUUCCUGUGGCCUUCAGUAUGACCGGUGUUGUCAUUUGUGGCUUCCAGUGUGACUUCUUGCGUUGUCUCCUGUGGCAACAUGUGUGGCAAGUGCAAAGGGGUUUCAAUCCGAUCCUGCUCCAACAUCAUCCCCAACUCCAUCCGCAAGGAAAAUCACAAACCAGUCCCAUCAGCCAAGAGGAGUGGGUCGUACAGGACCCCUAGCGAGUGCAGUGGCGAGGGUACUGAUGAGGGUAGUGGCAACGGUAGUAGUGAGGAUAUUUACGAAGGAUGGUGGUGAUGGCGACGAGGGUAGUGGUAAAUGGCGAGGGUAGUGACGACUGGCGAGGGUAGUAGUGUGGGAGGCAGCGAGGGACAGGUUCCACCAACUCUUCAGUGUGUCUGGCGGCAUCGCCAGUUGCGGAGCGGAGCAUAGGUCGUUGACGCUCAGGGAGAGCGAGAGAGAGAAAGAGAUAGAGGGGUCCUCCGUCGCGUGCGGAACACUUGCUGCGUCAGGCGGUAAUCUUCCCCUUCCCGUCUACAGGGUAGAGGUUUUUCCUGCUUGUGCGAGGAUACUGGCUGAUACAUAAUAAGUGAUGUGUUAAGGCACGGAGAAAAUUAUUUGGAAGCAUGGAUCAUUAGUUGUGAAUGAAAACAGAAUAUCCUGUUGACCCACCUUGGUGAUUCUGUCUUAUUUCCUUGUAAGUAGAUGUAAGAAAUUAUAUAUAAGAUUAGAAAUAGUUAAUAUAACUCUGGUGUUAGCGAAGACUGCGGACAAGUUUUCAUUCGGUGAUCAGAAAAAUGCAAACAUCUCUGCCUAUUAGUGCCAGCAAUCGGUUUUACAGUAAAGUCAUCUUGGUUUUCUUUACGAUGACGCAGAAUUGUAGCGGUAUCGAAGUGAUUUGUUAAGGUGCUGUGGUGUGGACAUCAAAGUCAAGCGGUGUCGUCGGAACUGUCUGCCAGGGCUAGUGGUCAUCUCGCCAACAUAAUUUAUGAAGCAUCAAGAAGGAAGCCAGUGGUGGUAACAUUCUUUCACUUUAAAGAUGCAACGAUCUGGUAAACCAAAUGCGAGCUGUCUAUGAAAAUGGGGGAAGUGAGGGUAAAGUUGAUACUAAAGCACUUAAUGAAAAGAAUAUCUGAUAACGUGAGUCAUUAAAAGUGCAGUGAACAUUAUAAAAUUAACAGCCGUAAAAAAAUAUUAGAAAAACGUCUUUUCAGAUGAAAGAUACGAGUUCCUUGAGAAAGAGCAUCUUCAUGAAGGAUUCACAGGUAACAUGAAGAUCCUAGACGUUAAGGAGUUUAGUUUAAUAGCUUUGUCAUGCACCCCAUAACCAUCCUACGGGGGGUUGUCAAAAGAUUACAGAGGCAUGAAAAUGUGUCUAGGGACUGGAAGGAAACACUGAGGCUUCACCAUCACCUGAGGUACAGAUGUGGUGGCUGGUGAUACACUCAGGUACUGGAGGGAGUGAUUUAGACAACAGAGUCAUCCUUCGCCUUAAAAACUGUGCACCACAGCACCAAGCUCAUCAAUCAUACUGCCGCACCAUCCUCGCUAGAAGAUUUCUGGGAUGCAGAGUGCGGAGGUGCUGCCCUAACACUAGGAGCCGGUGACGAGUGACCAGAGAUUUCCGCAUUCCAAGACACAAGGAAGAUACACACCACACAGUCACUCGGAGGCUCUGCAUCAGACACCAUUCAGACCAGAGGAUCACAAAAGCCCUCUGGAAAUUAGGGGAGCCUUAUUCCAGGCUGUGAGAUUCAGCCUCGACAGCCCCUACCUGGAGGUUAAUUAGCUCUGCAGGGUAUGGAAAGGGAGGCUUGUUAGGGCUCGCACGUGAUGAGAAGACUAAAGAGAAAGGAAAAAAUAAACAGACAUGUGAAAGCGAGUGUAGAAAAGGACGAUAGUAUCUGGAUUGGAUUCAUUUGGUAGUUCCGGAAAGUGGAAGAGUGAUUGCAAUUGCUGUAUCUCCCGUGAGGUCCGAGUGUAGUGCUGGAGACCUGAUUGGAAAUGCCAUGCGUAGUUCCAGUAAUGCUGGAGUGUAGUACAUGAGAGGGGCUGUAAAAUGUUAUGUGUAGCUGUAGUCUUAGCUACUGGAAGGCCAGAGUAUAGUAUAUGAUACCACCUGGAAAAUGUCUACCUUGAAGUGAUUCAUAAAAAAAAUGACAUGAUACAUUAUUGCAAUAACCUUAUUUUUAUUCUCUGGAUCUCUCCGUGGCAGUUCACUAAAAGAUAAUGAAACUUUUUGUCUAGAAACUUACAUAUUCGAGUACUGUGUUAUUCUCUGUUAUUCACUGUUAUUUCUGCAAAUUGCUUAUUAUAGUUUGCAAUAUAUGAAGACUCAUUUCAUACAAUUAUUUUGCAAUUGUCGCUCGUUCUAAGCUACUUAAUUUAGCUACUGCCUUUUCUAAAGUUACGAUGUGUUGAUUAAAGGAGAACGAAAAAUGAAGGAACACUCAUAACUGAUGAAUUAUUAUAUACGUUAUCAAGGUUCAAAAUUUUGUAUUUGCUUUCUCACUCUUCUCCAAUAAAUUUUUAAAGGAAUAUGUGACAUUUAAUAAGAAAGGAAAUGUUACAGAAAAUGAUUCAGCAAGACAAUAAUUGGGCAGUUUGUGCACCGGGUGCCGCAGGAGAUGAUUUAAAUGAAAUGAAAAUAGGAAGUCUCAGUGUUGAGAGAAAAGGACAACAAUGAUGGCAGGUCUUGUCUUACACCGGAAUGCUCACGCUUCCUCACGCACCCUUCCUUAUGGACCAGUGCUUGUUCUACCUGGUCCAGGUUUGCAGUUUUGUGGAAGAUUAUGAAUAGAAAACUUCCCAAUGAAGAGCAUUGCGGUCUUAAUUAGGGACUACUGGCUUAAAAAUAAGAUGAAGGCUAAUGAGACGGCUCCGCACAGCUCCAUGCAGUCCAUGCCUGGGAGUGGUGACGGUGAGGGCCUCGGCUACAACAGUAGUGUGCCGUGGAUGGACGAUGAACAGUCACAGAUGUUUGACAGUGGAGGGGAAAGUGUCGUACCGUGGGACGUGUCAUCUGCCGGGAGUAAGAGAGCGGAAUGCGCGUGGUCUAGCCAUGACAACCUCACAGAUGUAGUGAGUAGCGAUCUAACAUUCCAGUGUAGUAACGUGCUCGAAGUGCUAACUCCUAAUGUGUCUUGUUGGGUGGCGAGCAUGAGAGACUGCAUGAGAGGCAAGAUACUGCCAAGACAUAUGUUCACGAAUACCUCCAUCAACCCAGGUCUGUUGGUGGACACAAGAACUCAGACUUGCUUGUCUUGCUUGCGAGAUAAUUCCACCAGCUACUGGACGCUGAAAUUUAACACUAGUGAGAAUUAUUUUACCUCUUUCCUGUCUUACGGAAGCGAACUCCUGUGCUCGUUCGGGUCGUGUUCAUCUGCUCUUUGUGAUCACUUGACAAUCAGUCCCUCACCUGCCUCAUCGCCCACACACCCCUCGUCCAACACCUCACUUCCCAUACUACCCGUACCAUCCUUACCUCCUUCCACCACCACGCCGCCGCCACUGCUUCAUAUAGUGCAGUGUAGGAUCCCCGACCUCCUACAGUUCGAACCCCCCCUGCCUCUCAACCUCACUGGGGACGACUUCGUCCUCAACGCCACGACGGGAAGCGAUGACGAAGGAUACGAAUAUGACUUCUCCUUCCUCUUCCUAGCUAUGUUUAUCCUGGCAGGAGGCAUCGGCAAUAUACUCGUCUGCCUAGCGGUAAGUCGCCUCUCAUUUUCCUGUUAUGCAACCUCUUCUCCAAUUUCUGCAAUCUUUCACACAAUUUGCCGUGCGUAUGAUUAUGGCUUCCUGGUACCUACGUCUCAGGGCUUCCUGGCACCUGUGUCUUAUGACUUCCACGUACCUGUGUCUCUUGGCUUCCCGGUACCUGUGUUUCAUGGCUUCCUGGUACCUGUGUCUUAUGACUUCCUGGCACCUGUGUCUCAUGGCUACUGGCCCUUCGGCGUGGUGUGGUGCAACAUCUACGUGACGUGCGACGUGCUGGCGUGUACCUCCAGCAUCAUGCACAUGUGUACCAUCUCCCUGGGACGCUACUUGGGCAUCCGUAACCCUCUCAAGACCAGGAGCAGCAGCAAGAAGACUGUGGGAGUGAAGGUUGUGUUGGUGUGGUUGUUAGCGAUGUUAGUCACCUCCAUCAUCACUGUCUUGGGCAUUGUCGACACCACCAACAUCAUGCCCGCGGAUUACGUCUGCACCAUCAACAACCAGACCUUCUUCAUCUUCGGCUCCUUGUGCGCCUUCUACAUCCCGAUGGUGAUCAUGGUGGUCAGCUACGCCCUCACCGUUCAUCUGCUGCGUAAGAAAGCCAAGUUCGCCGCGGACGCACCGGCGGGCAAGGCUCGAACCAUGGGCAGGUACCGCUCAGUUCGCCGGAAGCACCAACAGGCUACCCAUUCCUUUGCGUUUACUCCGAGAACUUCCUAUCGGGGAUCCUAUUCUAACGGGCAUGCCGGCCAUUACGAGUUUUCCAAUAUACACAAGUGCGAGCAGGCAACCCAAACGCCGGAAUCUAUAGCUCGGGAGACUAGGAAUUUUAAGCUAAAAGCACUUCGGUUACAGCUUGUGGGCACUGCUGCGUGGCACCUUCGCUUUCUGCCGUCGAGAAAGAGGGAUGCAUUAGCCGCCAACGCUGUGGCCACGGAGCAGAAAGCUUCGAAAGUGCUAGGUAUCGUGUUCUUCGCUUUCGUUAUAUGCUGGACACCUUUCUUCAUCCUGAAUAUUUAUUUUGCUGCGUGUCCGACGUGUCAGGUGUCUGAUCACCUGGCCAAUGUAUGUCUGUGGCUGGGCUACGUAUCGUCCACAAUCAACCCCAUCAUCUAUACCAUCUUCAAUCGCACCUUCAAGGCUGCUUUUAUCAAGAUCCUCAAAUGUAAUUACAAUUUUGACCAUCGUCAUGUACGAUCUCAUUCAAUGUCUGACAACAUGGCAGGACCGUACGGAGGCCCUACACCGUCGGCAGUGGCUACACCCUGCUCCAUUCGGACUCUCUCCACCUAUGUUAAGAGCCCCAGCUACCAGCACGCUCUUACAAGCCCCGAACACGAGCAGGAACAUCAGUGCUGACUCUUACAUUCACGCAGCAACCACUGAAGAAGUGACUGCUGCAAGCAUAUUAACACUACUGUUGACUCCUAGAAACAAGUAACAAACACAAGAGUGUUACUUCCUGCAGAACUUAUUUCUAGAAUACUGACUGCUACAAACAUGAAGCAGCCAUAUCAGUGUUGACUGCUCGAACCCACGGAACAAAAAAUUAGAAAAAUAAGUGAUGAUUGCAAUAAUUACUGAGUGAAAGCUUCAGAUCCAUUAAUGUAUUCUUAAGCACAAAGAUAAAGCAGGAACACAAAUGUCCGCUGCUCCACUGCCCACCACUUAACACACCAAACUAGUCGGUUUAAACCAUAACCAAAUAAACGCACAAAGUCAGAUAGAACGUUGUACCACUAGAGCAUUCCCAUGUGAACAAUCUUGUUCCGUUUACAAUAAUUUCCUAUAUGUGUGAAUUUUUGCGGAGUAAAAAAAAUGUGCAAUUACAAAUAGCUCCCUAAAAAUCCAUUCCUUUUUUUUGACGUUCUUUACUGGAAU